AUGGGAAUUCUCAAAUUUCCUCUCUUUCUUUUCUUAAUCUUUCCGAUUGUCCAUUCCCUGAAUGUCUGUUCAUCGUCUUUCUGUGGCAACAUCCAAAUAAAGUACCCUUUCAAAUUACAAGGCCAAGAAACAGGAAAUAACUGUACCUAUAUUAACCUGACAUGCAGUAAUCAGGGAAUACCUAUUCUAAAUCUUCCUUUUUCGGGUGAUUUUUACGUAAAUGAUAUCGACUACUACGAUAACAUAAUAACCCUCCAUGAUCCCAGCGAUUGCCUCCCAGGAAGGCUUCUGAAUAACUCUAUAAACCUUACAUCUUCACCUUUCUCUGCGAACUAUUAUGAAAACUACACAUUUUAUACCUGUCCAGCAAAUUCAGACCCAGUGGGAUACUAUGCCGUAGCGAUUACUUGCCUAAGCAAUUCUACAAAUGCAACAGUUGCAUCCCAAGAACCAUCAGAUGAAUUUGAAUAUUUUGGCUGCGAGAUUAUUGGCAGUUCCCUUCUCCCAGUUAUGUUUCAGGGUCAGUUCGAGGAUCAAGGAAUUAAUGGUGAUCUUUCUUUGCAUUGGGAUGUUUCUGAUUGCAAAUAUUGUGAUCCACAGCCUCUUCCUCAAGAAAAGGGAAAGUCGGGCUUGAUUAAAUUUUUGAAUUCGCCAUUCUUAAUUCCAUCAUUUUUUCUACUGGUGUCACUCUUGUUAUCAUGUUGCGCGCUUUUGAUCAAGAUUACAAUACGAAGAAAUGAGGUCAACGCAAGUGCUGAUCCCAACUCUGCCACUGCUGCUGCUUUGUCGCAAUCCACCAUACCAAAUAUAUUGCCACGGCAGUCAGGCCAAGCGAUAACAGGCCUUGAUGACUCCAGAAUAAGGUCCUAUACAGAAUUGGUAGUUGUUGGGGAAAAUCAGAGCAUCGCAGGACAAGGGAAUAGCUCUUGUGCAAUAUGCCUGGCAGCAUACAAUCCCAAAGAGGAAGUAAGGAGCAUAGCUAAAUGUGGGCAUUUCUUCCACAAUGACUGCAUUGUUAUGUGGUUAAAAAGGAACAGCACUUGUCCAGUUUGUAGAUCUUUACUUUCUGAUGUCAAAAUGUAA